AACAAAAUGGGUUUAUUCCAUAGUUGCAUGCGGAAGAAUAAAGUAGGCAUCCUGUCAGAUGAGGAGGAAGCUGCCUACAAAAAGAUAGAGAAGGUGAACAAUGAAGAUGUGGAAAAGGAGGUUCACACUCCAUCUCUCCUAGACGCCAUGUUUUGUGUGACACCAAACGAAGUCCCUGGCGACACCAAAAAUACUGAUGAACCUAGAUCAGGUGGCACUAGAUCAGAGGUUAUUAAAAAGAGUGAGUUGGUGCACCUCACCUACAAGUCGAGUGUUCCCAAACUACCUCCGAUCAAUGGGAACAUCAUGAGAAUAUUGAUUCUCCCAACUGACAACGAGGCCGCCUACCAGAAAUGGAAAGCAGAAGAAACCCACAAAGUUCUUCAGGAGAAGGGUCUCUUGAAAAAAGACAAGCUGGGGGAAAGAAGAAAACUGAAUGAACGGGGCAAACUGAAAAACUAA